AGAGAAUGUAAAAAAAAAUUCCAAUUUAAUCAACAGAUUCUAGAAGCUGGAGGGCUCCCUCUGUUGGUCAAGAUGCUAAAGGACAGGAGCACGGACACCCAAGAAGCUGCUGCCAAUACUAUAUGGAAUCUGGCCUUCUCGGAUGAAGGCCGUCAGAAGAUUGUUGAGAACGGAGAAUGUGUGAAGCUCCUGGAGUCGCUCACGCAAUCCCCGGAAUCAAACGUAUCAGACGCAGCAAAAGGGGCAUUAUGGGUAAUCACCAAGGGGCAGGCCAAGCAGGUGGAAAAUGACAAAACGGCUGAAGAAAUGCAAGGAGGGAUGGAAAGUUCUAAACAUAUCAUGAUCAGUUACCAAUGGGGAUCACAGCCGAUAGUUCUGAAGAUAAGAGAUAAUCUCCGAACUGCUGGCUACCAGGUAUGGCUUGAUGUUGAUCAUAUGCAUGGCUCUACACUGCAAGCAAUGGCAGAGGCUGUGGAGAAAUCAUAUAUAGUUCUUAUGUGCAUCUCGGAGCGGUACAAGGAGAGCCCAAAUUGCAGAACAGAGGCAGAAUACGCCUACCAGCUCAAAAAGAGGAUCAUUCCUGUGAUGAUGGAGGAGUACUAUCAACCGGACGGGUGGCUGGGUUUGAUACUGGGAUCCAAAUUCUACAUGGACUUCUCUGGAAGACUAGAUCAAGAAGAAGAGAUGGUCAAGCUCUUAAGAGAAGUGCAGACCCAUGCCCCUGGUACUGUAAAGGUUGCUGGUGCAAGUGAUCCUAAGAGCAGGACAGACGUAAAAAAAAUAAAACCUGUUGCUACACAGUUGUCUACGAAGUCAGAUACAACAUCAAAAGUCUUGGAUUGGUCAAAUGAACAGGUUCAGGACUGGCUUAAAGAUACAGGCCUUGAUAAAUGGAGAUCAUCACUGCAAGAAUGCGAUGGAACCUUCUUAUUCAGUCUUCAUAAGCUGCGAUUGGAAGCACCAGAGUUCUUCUACAGCUCCAUCCAAGAUGAUCAGUGUCUUCAAAAGUUGUCAGAAAUUUUCAGGUUUACCAAAGCUCUUGAGACGGUGAUCAACGAAUGAAUUUAGACAAGUUAAAAGUAUCAUGCCCCAUAUUUUACCAGGUCUUUCACUGUAUAGGGAGAGCUUCCAGAUUUUAUAAGUCACAUAGUUUCUAGAAAGUCAGUCAUGUAGAAGAUAUGCACUGCCACUCAUAUUUUAACACAACACAUAUCAUUGGGUGACAUUUAUUUAAGCCUUUUCUCAAAAGUUGUGAAAAUAGACAUGUUAAUUGAAAUACACAUAGUAAGGAUCCUCCUAGAAUAUGUGUAUCAUCUACAGUGCCAUAAUUAUUUUAGUUAAAGCUGCUAAUAUGACGUUACACUUGUUGUGAAUCAUCAUCAUGUAGUAUGCUUUAAUUCAAUAGAUGGUACCCGGUAGGAAGAAAUUCCUUGAAUGCUUUGAGCGCCUAGGCAGCCCAGCUAAAGCCGGGGAAAUAAUAAUAGCAGGGCCCGCUGGGAGAACAGUUUUCAGAACUGAAGCGGCUUCCCUGGGUAAAUAUACCUAUAUUAUUAUUAUUAUUAUUAUUAUGGCUCUGUUAUUUACUUCUCAGUAGCCAUUCAACUCGAAAAGCUUUCUUUGAAAUACCCCACUGCCAAUAAAAAUUGUUCCCAGAAAAUACUUCUGCCCUUGAUAUAUGUGAUCAAGGUAAAUUUGGUUCCUCAUGUUGUUUUGCCAUGGUUUAAUUGAAUAGAAGUGCCAUGUACAUGUAACUAUUUACUUUAUAUUCAGAUUCAAUUGUCCCCAUAUUCUGUGAACAAAUCAUUAUAUAUAUUUCAGGUUAAGCAAUGUUCAGGGAAAGUAUAAGGCUUUAAUUUGGAAAUGAUUUUUUUUAGGGGCAAAUGCAAUAUCUGGUAAAACUGUUUACUAUUAAAGAGCUGCCAAGUGGUACUGAUUUUCAGUAUUAAGUACUGAAAAAUGAGAAGAAUACUGAUGGUUUUGUGCAACACACUGAUUUCUAAAGUUUCAAUUUUCUGAGAGCGAAGUUGGCUUAGUCGGUAAACGUCUGCCUGUUGAACCAAAGUUUGUGGGUCUGAGUCCACCCCUGGCGGAUGACUGAAGCCAGUGCAUUGUGUGUAAACGUCUACCCCCUGUUCCAUAGAUGCAGGCUAUGUUACAGUGGAAAACACUCUGUCCCUUGGAUAGGAUGUUAAAUGGAGGCCCCAUGUUGAGGAGAGUCACCACCUUUGCACGUUAAGAACCCACUGCACUAUUUGUAUAAGAGUAGGGGAGAAACCCCAGUGUAGUGGUCCACCUGCACUCUCCCAAUCAGUUAUAUCGGGAGGAGAGACCUGCGGGUCACAGUGAUUCAGUUCACUCUCGCCUCCCAGGCACAGGUGACGCCAAACAAAUAAAAAUAAUAAUUUUAUGUGUUGUUUGAUGUUAUUUCUAUGAAAAUACUGAUUUCCUCAUCUAAAUAUUGAUUUUCAACAUUUAAAAUACUGAAACGUUCUUGUUCAGGUAGCUUUGCUAACAUGUAAUGCCUCCUUGCGAAAUCUUGCCAGUGCCUAGCAUUUUCCCGUAUCCAGGCUGAAUUGGACAAGCAACCUGGUGCGCAUAUAUCUAUGACUCUUGUCUUUCAAGUGGAGCAUGAUGGGUUCAAAUCCCAGCAACGAUGUGUUUUUCUUCAGCUAAAAAUUUAUCCAGAUAGUGCUGCACUCGACUUGGUUAAGGUGAAUGGAUAGCUGGUAGUAACAAUUCUUUUGAGUGCACUGAGUGUUAAUGAUAAAGUAGUAGCUCAAGCCAGGGUGAUAAUGAAUACUCCUUGUAUCCUCUGGCAAAAAGCACUGUAUAAAUCCAGCUAUUAUUGUAAUCAUUAUCAUUUUGAUAUUUGAGUGCACCCAAAUCACAUGAAAAAUGUUAGUGAUUUGCUUGUUAUAAGCAAUUAAUGUUUAUUUUUUCUUUAGUUUGUAUAUCUAUGAGUUGAGGUAUGUGUUUAUAAAUGGAGAAACCAUCAACUUCAAUGUUUACAGAAAACAAACAAAUUUUAAUUAAAAAUUAUUUUAUGCAAUGAGGCCUUCAUCAGAAGAUGAAUUAUAAAAUUCCUAGGUUUUCUUUUCAUUCAAAAAAUGAAAAUUUAAUAUUAUGUUCUUUUUUAUAGUUAUGUCAAUUAUUGAGCUUUCUAAAGUAACUGUUGGUUAUGAUUGAAUUUACAAAUGAUUUUAACAGAAAUAUACAUGAUUUUAUCCAUACCUGUUUUAUCAUUAUUCCAAAGAAAAAGUACCGUACCUCACUUGAAGUUGAUCCACUCGUUUUUGUUUGCCGGAUUUGACAGUGCAUCUGUGUAACUGCAGAAUAAAGAGAAAUAGAUUGACAAAGAUUUCUUUUUAAUGAAAUUGGAUACCCAGUACAUGAAUUAUGAACAUAUGAAAUUUCAAAAUUGGUCAAUGGAGUAUAAAGAUUUGCUGAUAAAUUCCCUUUGGCAAUUCUACUUUCUACUUGAAUCGAUUAUAAGUGCAGAAAUAGAAGUAUUGGGUGGUGUUUUAUAGCUAUGGUUUAGUUAUUUUUUUACUUUUAUGAGGUGCCGUUGUCAGCCUUUUCACCAAGUAAAAAUUUGUAUACUUGUGUCAUGAAAUGAAGCUAGAUUGAUUCUCCACUGCACCCAGUUGAAAUUUAUGCCUUCGCCAUUGCCAGAUACGAACUAUAAUGCAUUCUUUAUUUAUUUAAUAUUGUCAAAACUGACAAAUUAAUUUAUCCACAUUGAUAAUCUAGAGGUGAAAUUAUUGCAUGAUGAAGUCAUUCCCAAAAGUAGAUAUCAUAGUCAUUCCUAUAUGCUUGCAUUCAUAUACCAAGUUUGAAGUUAGUCCUUUAAACAGUUUUGAAUUUGUCACAAAAAUUACAUAUUUGCAGGUCUGAUGUUUCUAUCAUUGAAUUGAUUAUUAUGUAUGAUCCUUUAUAUGUAUUACCCCUAAUCAGUUACUAAGCUUAAUAUUUUAUUUGGGUUUUUUCUGAGUAAUUUUUUUUUUUAUGUUUAAAUGUCUUGAAGAGCAUUUUCAAACAUUUUGAUGUCAGAUAUGCCCUUUUUUAAGACCAAAGUCUGAAUUCAGAUUUUUAAAAUUUUAUUUUGAGCCAUAGAAAAUAUGUUUUUGGUGUGUGAAAUAGCUCAUUCUAGAUGAUAUACACUUUUUGUUUUUGUAUCAAUUUAAGUAGCAUCCCUGUGGGGUAUAGGAAUAUAUUUAUUUUUCUACAUUUGUAUCAUAUAAUUGCAAUUGAGCACAAUUUUCUAAUAACAAACUGAAAAUCAAGUCUUAUUUUUAUAUCAGCAUAUACUUACCUCUUUCUUUUCAAGAUGGACUUUUUCAAAGAUUUAAUAUCAGAUGUGUAUACUGUAUUUAGACAAUUUUAUAGAAGAUAAUUUUAUAGUGAUGUUUUGUAAAUCAAAUUUUAUAUUUUCACAAUCAACACAUCAUGAGCGGGUUUUGUAUGCAAUAAAAGUCCAAUACCAUCAUUU